UGAAUAAAAAGAAAAAGUAAAAAAGUGGAAAUCAGUGGAAAGAGCAGGCGGUAUCGAGACCAUUGAAAAUUAUAAACUAAUAACAUAAUAUUACAUUAAGUCAUCAUGAAUAGCAUCAGAUUAUUAAGAGUACUUCCCACACGUCAGUGGCGUUCAUUCUCACGAUGCACUGUUCUACAUCAAGAGGUAGCGGAAGCGAUUAAUCCUCUCACUAUCCCACCUCCAGAAGGUGUGGACAAGCCAGUUUCUCCUAAAAUUGAAAAGAUAGUAUCAGAAAUAACAACCUUAAACUUACUUGAAGUGUCAGAACUAAGUCAAGUUUUGAAGAAGAGGUUGAAUCUCCCUGACGCACCGGUCAUGCCUAUGGGAGGUUUUACUGGAAUGGUAGCACAAGCACCUCAAGACGAGGAGGAAGCUGCACCAAAGGCAGUGAAGACAAGCUUUACAGUUAAAAUGACCAAAUUCGAUGACAAACAGAAGGUGGCACUCAUCAAAGAAAUUAAGGGUCUUCUAGAAGGGUUCAAUUUAGUCCAAGCCAAGAAGUUUGUGGAGAGUGUACCUACAGUAGUUAAGGCUGAUAUUUCUAAGGAUGAAGCCGAAAAAUUAAAAGAGGCUUUAACUAAAGUUGGAGCUGUUAUAGAAAUUGAUUAAGUGUAAAGAUGAUUUUUAAUUUUAGUGUAUAUUAAAUUAGUAAUUAAAAUAUUAAACACCA